AUGUUUUUAGAAUAUUUUUAUAAUUCAAAUUCAAAUUUAAUUUUAUUUAAUUCAAAUUCAAAUUUAAUACCAAAAUCAAUAACAAAAUUAAAAUUUGAUAAAAGAUUUAAUCAAAUAAUAAAAUUAAAUCAAAUAUCAAAUAAUGUUAAAUCAAUUAUAUUUGGUAAAUAUUUUAAUAGUUUAAUUCAAGUGAAUUCAACAUUAUCAUUAAAUUUAUCAUCAAUUGAAUUUGGUAAAAAUUUUAAUUGUCCUUUUAAUUUUGAAACAUUGGAAAAUGUUAAAACCAUUAAAUUUGGUAACCUUUUUAUGCAAUCACUUGAAAAUUGUCAUUUUCCACCAAAUUUAACAUCGUUAACAUUUGGUAAUUCAUUUAAUAGUGAAAUUCCAAGUGGUUACUUUUUAGAUAUACCAUUGACGGUAUUGGUAUUUGGAAAGUUUUUCAAUAGACCAAUAGAUGAUAAAAGUUUACCAUCAACUUUAACAUCAUUAGAUUUAGGUUCAUCUAAAUUUUUAAAUUUUGAAUUUUCAAAUAAAUUACCACAAUUACAAUCACUAAUAAUGGGUAAAGGAUAUAAUGGAACUUUAAAAAUAGGUGACUUACCAACAACUUUAAAACAACUUUCAUUAUGGGAUAAUAAUUCUAAUCGUGAUUCAUUAAGUGAUUUUGGAAUUAUUCCAAAUGGUAUUACAUCUUUAUCAUUUGGUGAUUCAUUUAAUCAAUUAAUUGAGAAUAACAUUUUACCAGAAACAAUUACAAAUUUAUCAUUUGGUUUAAAGUUUAAUAAACCAAUUAAAAUCAAUGUUUUACCUAGUAAUUUAACAAGUUUAUCAUUUAAUUACCAUUUUAAUCAACCCCUUGAAAAAGGAGUUUUACCAAAUUCAUUAACUAGUUUAUCUUUUGAAGGUGUAUUUAAUCAAAAUAUUCAAGUUGGUACACUUCCAAAUAGUAUAACUUAUUUAUCACUUUGUUAUUUUUAUGAUAAACCUUUUCCAAUUGGUUCAUUACCAUUAUCAUUAAAACAAUUAAAAAUUCAUUCCUCCAAAUUUAAUCAAGAUCUCUCUUCCUCUUUUGAUGAUUAUUUCACUUGUUCUUUAGAAACAAUUUACAUUAGUAAAAAUUCAAAUCUUAUUAAUAUUUUAAAUUCAAACUUUUUUAGUAAAUUUAUUAAAUUUUAUAAUAUUAAUUAA